AUGGGGCAAGAUUUGCCAGAAGCUGGUGAAAGUGUGAAAGGCCUGACAGACUUUAUGAGAUUUUUCACCCUCUUCUACCAACCUGUUCCUCGCAGCAGGCAGGCAGACGGGUCACGAUCUUGUGGUCUCCUUGUUGUCCCGCGACAUUCUUUCCUGCCGGAGAUCUCAGAUGUUGUUCUCGUUCCAGCAAGAGCGCUGAUCGUCGUGAGCAAGCUCGUGCCGACCUCUGUCGCCGACGUCAUCAGGUUCGAUCAGGACCGGCUCGCACAAGACUCGACGAACGUUCUCUUCCUCCUCUACCAGGUAGCUCUCCUAGUCGAGUCCCUUCACCGUCACUCCUUUGCCUUGGGCUGCCUGGACGUCCGGAGCUUGUCGAUCGACGCGAGUUGGACCAUCAGACCUUCAAAUCAAGUCCAGCAGCUUGCCGACUUGAGGGCUCGGGCGGAGGAGGAGGUGGAGGGAGCAGGGAAGGUGUACCGGCUGCCGAACAGAUGGAGCCUGCUCUCGAUGACACGGAGCUGGGCUGAGGGGACCUGCUCCAACUUCGACUACCUCAUGGCCCUCAACGCCAUGGCAGGGCGACGACUGGGGGACCCCUCCUUUCACCCCAUCUUGCCAUGGGUCUCGGACCUCCAUGCUCCCUUCGGCGGUUGGCGAGACCUGUCAAAGUCAAAGCUGAGGCUGACAAGGGGGGACGUUCAGCUCGACGUCAGCUGGAGGAGCUCCUCGCCGCAUCACGUGACGGAGCUGUUGUCCGAGCUGACCUACUGUAUCUACCUCGCCCGGAGGCUCCCCCGCAGCCGCCUGCUCCAGGUCGUCCGUUCGCAAUGGCAGCCGCACGAGUACCCGUCCUCCCUCGAGCGGCUCUACGCGUGGACGCCAGACGAGUGCAUCCCUGAGUUCUUCUGCGACCCCCAGGUCUUCUCCUCCACUCACUCGGACAUGCCCGACCUGCUCCUGCCCUCCUGGGCUCAGUCGCCCCAUCACUUCAUCGAGCAGCACCGCAUGAUGCUCGAGAGCGAUGAGGUGUCGGCGAGCCUGCACGAGUGGAUCGACCUCACGUUCGGUUGCAAAUUAGUCGGACAGGAGGCGAUCGACGCCAAGAACGUGCCUUUGAAGGAGAAUACCUUCCCGUCCUACCGCGGGUUCUGCGUCUUGUUCCAACGUCCGCACCCCCCGCGGAGGGUCUCGAACAAGCAGAAGGUCGCCAACAUCGAGCGAUACCUCGUCUCCUCCGACUCCUCCUGCUCCUCCCGCGAACGUCCGGUGGAGGCAGAUCACCCUGUCCAGGUUGCGGAGGAGGAGGGAGGGAGCGAGACAGGAACCUUGAAGGUGGUGGCAGAGAAGAAGACGAAGAAGUCGCUGUUUGCUGGGAUCCGAAAGGCGAUCGGGGAGCGGGUAGACAUGGAGAUGCUGAUCCGACCGUCGAACGCGCAUCGGGAGGUGUUGGGAAGGAGUCAGAGGAGCUCGGGGGAUGAAGGAGAAGGAGCGGAAAGAACUUUCAGCUCCCUGGGCUUUGACGAGUCUUGCCUGCUGACGGACGAGUCAAACUCCGCCUUUCUCCUUGUGCAGGAUCUAGUGCUGAUGGAGGCCAGUGGCUGCUCCGGGAGAGCAGGAGGCUCGUGCUUGGGGGAGGAUGCGACGAGAAGGGAUCUCAACUUUGUCGGCAACUUCUCCUCCUACAUAUGUCACGAUAACUCGACGAUGAUGGAGCUGAUUUUGAGCGACUCUCACCUGCUCAACGACUCUCUCUGUCACUUCCCCUCAGUCGACUUCCCCUUGGGAUCGUUCGUGGACUCCGUCAAGCAGCUGCAGGCAGGAGGAGGAGGAUUGGGAGAGGAGGGCAACAAGUCACGGGCGGGCUCCAUCCCAGCUCUACUUCAGGACGCUCUCGAGCAUGCGAGGACCAGUCAGUGUCUCGCUAGGAUGUUGCGAUCAGACGUUGAGAGCAAGUCGAAGGUGCUGACGUCCGUUCAAGAACCCUUCAACAGCGACAAGGUGCUUCGGCUCGGCCUGCUGGGGGAAUACUCGCAGUCGAUCUCAACGGACGUCAAAUCGAUCGCACCUGGACCUGCGGAGCCUUUGAAAGCUCUUUCCUCCCAUCGCAUCUUCCCUGAGUAUUUUCAUCCCCUCCUCGAGCUCGUGCAGCUCCUCCGUUGCUCCGUGAACGCGGGGAUGAGAAGAGAGAAGGUCCGAGCUGUCCUCCAGGACACGCAUCGAGCUUCCGCUGCUCUCAUGCGAUCUCCCCUCCUCCUCACCCUCCUGCCUGACAUCCUUCAGGCGUUCGAGGAGGAGGAGCAGGAGGUUGACGUUCUGCGCUCCAUUGUUCCCAUCUUCUGCAGAGGCAUCGGGCAGAAGGAGAGCGAAAGACUGGUCCUGCCCCACCUGCUCCAGCUGAUCUCCAGCGGAAGCAAAACGGACCGGGACAGCAAGCAGGAGGCGAUGGCGAUGGCUGGGCUCCUCGACGUGUCCUCUGUCGCCGGAUGGAUCGACUCGUUCGGCGUUGACUCGUUCCUCCACUCCCUCCUCCCUCGCCUCCUCGCCCUCCUCGUGAACUCGCCGAGCUCUACCGUCUCCUCCCGCGUCUCUCGAACCCUGGUGGGCCUCACAGGAGAAGUGCUAGGGGAGGCAGUCAGCCUGAUCCACAUCGCCGACCCCCUCGUCCCAAAACUCGCCCGGGAUGCCUCAGGGCGGGUCUCUGGGUUCCUAGUGGAUCUUGGGACGAAGAUGGGAGAGGUCUGGUGCUCCCAGCUCCUCGUCCCGCGCAUGCUCGCCGUCCUCUACGACUGGACCUUCGGGUCGACGGAGGGGAGGAGAGGAGUGGCGGCACACAAGACGCUGGCAGAGGAGAGGUCCCCCGAUGAUAGCGAUGGGCAGAGGGCGGGCGGAGCUGGGAAGGACGGGAAGACUUUCACGCGCAGAGACUCUUUUCUGCUGAUCUUGACGACGAUCGAGCAGAUGCUGCCCAUGGUAUCCAGCACGAGCUCCAUGGACCUCUGCCUCCUCCACAACUCCAUCCUGCUCCGCCUCCUGACAGAGGUUCCUGUAAGAGAGUGCAAGCAGGAGGAGGAGGGGGGCAGUCGGAUGACUUCGAGAGAGUCUGUCAUGGUGACUACGAGUAUUCUCUGCGACCUGCUGGGCAAGUCAGGACCAGACGCAGUCAGAAAGCAUCUCCUCCUCGGACUCGCUAAUUGGCUUAUGUCGCUGACUCAAAUUUAUUCCAAGGGGUUUGUGACUGGUAGCAAUCCCCUCGGGCUCGGAGGGUCGGAUCCGUCUUCUCAGCGCGGGCUGUCGGCAGAGAGCAGGAGUCAGUUGAAGCUGAUGUACAGCGCUGACAUAGUCCAUGACGUCUACCACUCCCUGCUUGAUCUUGUCCCUCCCUCCGACCCUUCCUGCGCCCAGUGGCAGUCGACGAUCCGUCAAGCUGUUCGCAACCAUGCCUUCAUCGAGUCUCUUGUCGCCAAACAUGCGUCCUCCAAGCCUCUCCCGACUCGAUCGCUUGCCGAGGACAGGAGGGCGGCGGAUCGAGAGAGCGGGAUAGCGCGCUGGUCGGGCUUCGGGGAGCAGCGGCAGGCGGGAGAAGGGAGCAUCGUGGUCAAGGACAGGUCGUGGGAGUGGACCUUCAAUGGAGCUCUCGCGUGCUCGUGGAAGGGACACACAGGAAACGUCAAGUGCAUCUGUCGGCAUCCCAGCGAGCGAGUCUUCUUCACAGGAAGCAAAGACUCGACCGUCCGUCUCUGGUCUCCGCAUAACUUGAACUGCGAGGGGAUGUACACAGGACAUCGCGAACCAGUGACGCGCGUCCAGCUGCUUCCCAGCAGACCCUGGGCUGUGUCACUUGACACUGAGAUCCACGUGUGGGACUUCGAGGUGCUGCAGAGGAUGCAGACACACAAGGGCGUCUUGACGAGCGGGCAUGUUGCGAGCAUCACCAGCUUCGCGUGCCUGGAAGGCGACGUUGCAGCGACUGAGUUCUGGUUUGGAGGCAACGCCAUCCUUGCGUGUACCGCCAAGUAUCCUGGGCCUGUCGCUGUCAAGGUUGUAGACCUGAGGAGCAAGAGCAAGGGAGUCGAGUGGCACCUGCCGCCUGCCCUGAACAACGUGCUGAGCAUCAAAGCAUCACGAGGGUCGAUCUUCAUGGGCACUAGCACAGGUCAGGUGUGCGUGAUGGACCUCAGGUCGGGGGUCUUGCAGAGCACGUGGAGGGCGCACGAAGGAGCGAUCACGGGGCUGGAAACGAAGGGGACGCACGUUAUCACUGCCUCCAUGGACAAGUCGCUUGCCGUGUGGGAUAGUGAAGGCUCAGAGGAGCUGCUGUGGAGCACAGCAUGGCUGAUGUUGCCGAGGCUGUCGAGGUGGAGCGGGAAGGAGGGAAGGGAUCGGCUGUACCUCACUGAUCCUGUGGUUGACCUGAAAGUGAUGCCCAGCUCGAUGGCUGUCGCUGCUCUAGCUGGAGGGCUUGUGUUUGCAGACGCUCCUCGAGCUGUCGAUCAAAGUCGGAUGCGAGACGUUCGAAGCAACAUCUCGUGCGUGGAGGUCCUGCCGUAUUCCCGCAUGAUCCUCGUGGGGUGCGAAGAUGGGCGCGUGCGGGGAUGUCAGUAG